AUGGCGCCUCCGACCACGUACGACGACGACGACUUCGUCGACCAGUAUGACGACUUUGAGGAAGAGGACGGAAUGAGUGCUGAAGACAAGGUUGCGAUGCAGCAAGGUACCGCAGAAGUACAGAAAGCUCUCGGGACGGAAGCAAGCAAAGUCACAGUUGCGCAAAUACAAGAAGCUUUAUGGCAUUACUACUACGACAUCGAUAAAUCUGUCGCCUACCUGACAAAAACCUUUAUUGCGCCAGCUCCAAAGGCAGCUCCUAAACCGGCGCCGAAGAAGGCACCUGAAGGUAAGACUGGCGCGUUUCCCUUACCAACCAACCAAGCCCUGUUUUUGCGAACCUUGGAAGCAAAUCGCGAAUCGCCUGAGCACGAUGCAUACUCCGCAAGCUUUUACGGUAUUCCUCUGCACACACACAUGUUUCCCGCUGUAAGGAAGCCUCAGAUAUCUCCGACAUUUUUCGACGAUAUGCCGUGGCUAGAGAUACCGAAAGAACGAGAAGCUAUAUUUAUUGAGCCACCACACUCUGUUGGAGGGCUUUUGGGAGGCAGCAGUUCCGCCCCUAAGAUGUCAAAGCUCCAAGCACUGGCCGCGCUUCGCAAGAAAAAGGCCGAAGAGAAGAAGGAUCAAGAAAGAGUCACUCCACCAGAAGACGAAGUAUCGAAGCUCUCGCUCUCCGAUAGUCGCAACAAGGAGAAUACCAGCCUUGGCUCAAAGAUUCAACCCGACUCAGCAGUGGCCUCAAAUGCGCUGGCGCAGGAGGAAGAGAUACCAAAAGGCGCCGGUGGCAAUUCUGCUGGGGGACAGGUUGGUUCGUCAGCCAUCAAUGAAAGCGAAUUCAGUGUCAAUACCAAAAUUGAAGAGGAGCUGGUGGCGAGCCAUAGCCAUGCUCCUUCUGCAUUCGCGCGCACAUUGUUCGGCUCGACUCUGGAGGCAGACCAAGCGCAAAGACCUCAUGUUUUUGCAAUGCCAUACACUCAGUCUUCCUCCUUUCUAGCCAACGCCUUCUCGGAACCCAGUCCAGACGAUAUUGUGCUCGCAGCUCAGGCGAAAGCGGGAAAGAAAACCCCAGCCACGCCGAAAACCACGAAGAAAUCACAAAAGAACGAGGAAGCCGCCAAAGAGGGGGGACUUGCGAGCAGUGUCUCAAGCCUUAAGAUUAACGACGGGCCGCCGCCUAAUAGCAAAGGCCUCGACGUUAUCAAGGAAUUCGAACAAAAUGCUAGCAAGAGGAAUGCUAGUUUCGUAGUCGUUGGACACGUCGAUGCUGGCAAGAGUACAUUAAUGGGCCGACUUCUUCUAGAGCUGAAGCUUGUUGAGGAGCGUACAGUCGACAAAUACCGUAGACAAGGUGAAAAGAUUGGAAAGCAGUCUUUCGCGUUGGCAUGGGUCAUGGACCAGCGAAGUGAAGAGCGAGACCGAGGAGUGACGAUAGAUAUUGCCACCAACCACUUCGAGACUGAGUCAACAAAGUUUACAAUUCUAGAUGCUCCGGGCCAUCGAGACUUUGUGCCCAACAUGAUUGCUGGAGCCAGUCAGGCAGACUUUGCAAUCCUUGUUAUCGAUGCCAAUACUGGAGCUUACGAGAAGGGGCUGAAAGGCCAAACACGAGAGCAUGUUCUGCUUCUACGGAGCUUAGGUGUUCAACAGCUGAUCGUUGCUGUAAACAAACUUGACAUGGUCGGGUGGUCCCAGGAUCGUUUCCAAGAAAUUUCAGAGGAAGUCUCAGGGUUUUUGACUGGCCUCGGGUUUCAAGAUAAGCAUGUCACGUUUAUUCCCAUAUCAGGUUUGAACGGAGACAACAUUGUCAAGAGAACAGAAGAUGCGGCUGGACUAUGGUACAAAGGACCUACUCUAAUAGAGGGCUUGGAAGCAUCUGGGCCGUCAACCGCACGAGCUCUAAAGAAGCCCUUCCGGAUGGCGAUUUCCGAGAUUUUCCGCUCGCAGCAGGGAACUACGACUCUUGCUGGCCGUAUAGACUCGGGAACAAUCCAAAUUGGCGAUGCUGUGCUGGUGCAGCCAAGCGGGGAGUCGGCGUACAUCAAAUCUAUCAUGCUUGAUACCGAGGCCAAGGACUGGGCAGUAGCUGGCCAGAAUGUCAGCGUUGCCUUGACAAAUAUUGACCCGAUUCAUAUUAAAAUCGGCGACAUCAUUUGCCACACAACGGAUCCCAUCGCUGUUGGGGACACGUUUACUAUGAAAGCUAUGGCAUUUGAGCAUCUGAUGCCAAUGCCAGUAGAUCUUCACCGCGGCAGACUCCACGCUGCAGGCCAGAUCCAAUCUUUAGCAGCUACUCUUGACAAGGCCACCGGCGAAGUCGUCAAGAAGAAGCCCAAGGUUGUACAGCCCGGAGGAGUGGCUCGGAUUUUAAUCAAGCUGGAGGCAAAGGUUCCCUUGGAAGCCGGACAACGGGUUGUUAUACGAAGCGGAGGUGAAACCAUAGCUGCUGGCUUAUUAGAGUAA